UAAGAUAUCAUGAUUUGAUCAGUAAAUAGAUUGUAAAGUAUCGAGAACGAGUUUCUAGGUUACAAUACAGAAAAUUAAAUUCUACUUGCAAUGGUAAGUGUGUGUCGUUAAAUUUUAGUUUUAAAUCUAAAGAUUCAUGCUGAUAUUUUACAAAUUAUAAAAAGUAUUGGAAUUCUCUCACUGAAUUUUCUAUUGUUGAUUUAAUAAUAUAAUCUCGCGUAACGUUAUAAACGUACGUUGCCAACAGUAUCGAUGAAAUUGAAGCUGUCAAAAAUGAUGGAAGUAGGGCCUACAAGUAGCACAAAAUCAGAACGAGUUCACAUUGACGAAAACGUAACUAUCACCAAACAAAUAGACGUCGAGCAAGAUAUUCUUUGCGUGUGUUACACGGAGACGUUUGACUUUCUGGCGGCAGGCCUGACAGAUGGCUCCAUCAAAUUGUAUAAAUGCAUCAGCGGGGAAGUUUCAGAAUUGCGUGACAUGGAAACGGUGCAACAGCCGAGUCCAACGACUGCGAUUAAGCACAGGCCCCUUCGAAAAUCUUAUCCAGUCACACGUACCCUCAUUGCAACCUAUGCUAGUGGCUGCGUGAAGUGCUGGCAUUACCCAACAUUGCAAUGUCUCUACACCAUACGAGAGAAGAGGCAGACGUUAGGUUUGGCUUAUCAUGCCCACCUGCCGAAAUUUGUUACUACAGGCGACGAUGCAAAGCUUGUCCUAUACGAUGAAGAGACCAAAAUACAAGAGCGAGUCUUCCAGGCAAGCGAUUCAUUGGAAGUUAUGGACGGUCACAAAUCGAGAGUGUUCAGCGCCUGCUUCAACCCGAAAUCGGCCCAUGAGCUGAUCAGCGCCGGUUGGGACAAUACCAUUCAGUUCUGGGAUACUAGGCAACCGUACGCGCUCAGGCGAAUAUCGGGCGUUCACAUGUGCGGCGAUGGCCUCGACAUCAGCAAGAAUGGAAGAGAGAUCUUAGCCUGCUCCUGGCAAAGGGAAAACCCUAUCCAAUUAUGGGAUUAUCGUACCGGAAAGUUGCUCGUUUCCCUCGAGCCCGACAGCUACUCUUCCAUGCUCUACUGUGGCAAGUACGUGUCGAACAUGUUUCUCGCUUGCGGCGGCUGUGACAUCAAUCUCUUCAGGGUAAUCGAUUUGCGAUCACACGCGGUGAGUUUUACACUGGCGAUGAUCAGAAAUUUAAGGGGCGGGACGUACGGCAUGGACGUCGGCCCAGUGAACCCGAAACACGCGAAGAAAACAAGGACCCUUUCGAUCGUGCCGCAGCUCGCGUUCUGCGCCGGCAGACGGCUGUACGAAAUAGAUGCUCAACCGGCUUGA